AUGAAGCGCGCGGUCGCAGCAGCGUGUGUCCGGCGGGAGCGCGCACAGAUCUUGCUGGUGCUCCUGGCGCGCGCGGUGUCUUCGGUGCCUCCAGGCUGUCCGGAGCGCUGUGUGUGCGAUGACCAGCAUGUAGUCCAAUGCGCGGAGCAAGACCUCCAAAAAUUUCCCUCCGGACUCCCACUGACCACCCGACAGCUGAUCCUGUCCAACAACCGCAUCUCCGACCUUCCCGCGCUCGAGCUCAAUUACCUCUCCGACCUCCUGUACCUGGACUGCAGCAACAACUCCCUAACGCACAUCUCUGAGUCCACUUUUGGUAAUCUGAGGAAGCUUGCGUACCUGGACCUGUCCUUUAACUCCUUCCAGAUGAUCCAGGAGCAGACCUUCGGUGCGCUGGAGAGUUUGGUGAUGCUGAGGCUCACUGAUAACCCCAUGCUCUCGGAGAUCCACCCGCAGGUUUUCUCCGUGCCCAGUGUCCUGCAGGUGUUGGAUAUCAGCAGGAAUAACCUGAGCAGGCUGAAUGUGAGCUUUUUAAUGGGUCUUGGGGGUCUGCGGUCCCUCGGGCUGAGCGGGAACCCGUGGCGGUGCGCUUGUGACACUGAGGAACUCUGCUUCUGGAUGCACUCGGACACCUUUAAAUUUAUAGAAGAGGGCCAGACAGUGUGUGAUGGUCCGUCAUACUUGCGUGGGCAGCGUCUCUCCGAGUUGGGUCUUUGGUUGAGAAGACAGUGCCACCCUGGACUGGACCACCAGGACUACCUGUUUUUUGUGGCCAUCGGUUUUGUUAUCUUUGGGAUUGGCACAGUGCUGGCAUGGGCCGUGGGCAUGGUGAUAGUGCUCUGCCAACGCUGUGUCAGAUGGAGGAAGGACAGACCAAAUGCUGACCUGACUGAAGAAGAGGACACUAAAAGUGGCAUAACAGGACAGGACAAAUCAUAGAAUAAACAACCCAGGCUCAUUCUGA